GGUUUUGACUGGCCACUCCUUUUUCAAAGUUUGGAGCACGGUGUUUGCAAUUAGAGCCUACUAUGUGUGCCUCAACCACACCCUCACCUGUAGCUCUACAUCCGUUUCCUCUAGGACUGCUAAGAAAACGUUUGGGAAUGGAAUUUCCAUAGUUUUAGGUUUAUUCAAUUUCGGCAAUCCGGUAAAUAAGACUAUCAGAGAUAAUUCCUGAAGUCCCUUCCUCUCGCUAUCUAUCAAAAAGUCGAUCAGAAAAGGAAACAACAUGGGAGACGCAGGAAAAGAAUUAGUCGACGGCGGAGACCAAAUAUGCAACGUUAAGUCUAAGGACCAGACUUGGAUCCCCAAAAUCAUCAAGAAAAGAGUUUGCACCACCUUUGUAGAAGAUUCUUCCAGUAAUGGCGCGCGCUGCCAGUGCGGGGGUGCAAGAGAUGCCCAUGGCUCUGUGGCUCUCGGUGACUAUUUCAGCACAGCGAUUGUCAACCACUGGGACAGCGGCCAGCACUCCUCUGAAUACCCGACUGAUGCCUUUGGAGAGUUGCAGUUCGCAGGAGCCAGCAAGAGGCUUAGCUAUUUUCUGCGUCUGUCAUGGGACACACCCCCGGCUACGGUCUACAAACUGAUGACAGCCCACUGGGGCCUUCCUAUACCUAACCUGGUGGUUUCUAUAGUGGGCGGAGAAGGCAAGACAAAGGUGAAGACUUGGGUGCGGGAGGUCAUCAGGCAGGGACUGGUGAAAGCCUCACAAAGCACAGGAGCGUGGAUCAUGACGCCAGGCUUGCGUGAAGGUGUUGGCAGGUGUGUCGGAGAGGCGGUGAGGGAUCAUGCCACCGCAGCCUCGUCUGUGUCCCUCAACAAGGUGGUGGCGCUGGGCAUCGCUUCCUGGGGCCUGGUGCAUAACAGAGAGCAGCUGGUCAACCCUCAGGGCAGCUUUCCUGCUAAGUACCAUGGCCAGAACAUGUCCUCGGACACUUGCUGCCUGGACAUCAACUACCAGGCCUUCCUGCUGGUGGAUGACGGGAGUGUGGGACUUAGACCAGAGACAGGGUUCAGGGCCAAACUGGAGGACCACAUCUCCCACCAGCUCACAGGCGGCACCAGCGGCAUAGACAUCCCUGUCCUUUGUAUGCUGAUAUCAGGGGAGGCAAGCAUGCUGGAGAGAGUGGAGCUUUCUCUGAAGACCUCCAUGCCUUGGCUGGUGCUGGCUGGCUCAGGAGGCCUGGCUGACUUCUUGAGCGAUGUCUUGGAGAAUCUGUCAUCAUCCCAAAUUGGCCAGUCCUCCGGUGAUGGAGAUGGUGAGGCGGGUCCCAGCAUAGAUCUGAAAGACAAAGUGGCAGAAAGGGUUAGGCGGCACUUCCCUUCUGAAGCGGAGGCAGACAAACUAGUUGAACGGGCUCUGAGCAUCUACCAGCACAGAGACUUAAUUACAAUCUACCACGGAGAGCAGGACAGCCCAAAUGAGUUUGAUACACUCCUGCUCAAAUCAUUGGUGGGAGCUAGUCGGCAUCGUGUGUCAGAGGAGGACAGCCCUUACAAUGACGAGCUGAAGCUAGCCGUCACAUGGAACAGGGUUGGCUUUGCCAAGAGUGAACUCUUCAAUGGAGACAUCCAUUGGAAGCAUAAAGACUUGGAAGACUCCAUGACAGAUGCCCUGAUCAACGACAAGCCUCAGUUUGUACGUCUUUUCGCUGAGAAUGGCCUCAACAUUCUGGAGUACCUGACUUAUGGCAGGCUGGAAAGCCUCUACCGCUCAGUGGCUGAAGGGACGGUGCUUUACCAGCUACUUCAGCGCCAACUAGCGGAGCGUCGGGGAACUGCAGCUGAAUCAAAUGUGCAGUACUCCCCUUCCAAAGUGGCAAAAAAGAAAAAAAAGAGUGGCCCAGAGGAGAUCACCCUUUUUGAGGUUGCAGAGCUCCUGGAACUGUUAAUGGGUGACAUCUGCCAGCCGUUUUACUACGAUGCUUUGGGCUUAGAACAGACCUCAGUCAAGAGUAGAGCUUUUAGGCGUGCCAGUAAGCUGCUGCAAGGAGACUGCUUGUAUCGCGGAAUGCGCUGCCUCUUCCCCUGGGCUUCGCUCUUCAUCUGGGCCGUCCUCCAGAACCGCAGCGAGAUGGCCACCUUCUUCUGGGAGAUGGCAGGGGAGUCUGUGCUGAGUGCUCUUGGUGGCUGUAAGAUUCUGAGGGAACUGUGCAAGCUGGAGACGGAGACUGAGGCCAAACUGUCCACAAAAGAACUGGCCCAAAGGUUUGAGAACCUGGCACAUGAUGUUUUCGGCUCUUGCUAUCGGAGCAAUGAGAGUCGCUCAUUCACCCUGCUAAUUAGGAAAUCUCCAUUUUGGGGUGGUACCACCUGCCUCCAGAUGGGCAUGGGCGCCGACGCCCGACUUUUCUUCAGCCACGACGGAGUACAGGCUCUGUUGUCCCAGAUCUGGUGGGGUGACAUGAAGAGGAACACGGAGGUGUGGAAGCUCGUGUUCACCUUCUUCUGCCCCGUCCUCUGCUACACCAACUUCAUCUCCUUCAGGAAACAACAGAAAGAUGAAGAAGAAGAAGAGGAGGAGGAGGUGGAGCCUAACGAUGACGGGCUGGGCAAGGACAGCGACAGCCUCUAUGGAAACACAGUCUUCUCUUUCGCCGACAUCAACCACAUGGAAGUUGAGUCACCAAGACCAAACACCAGGACAGCAGGCAUCAAAGGCAGACUCCACUCUCACAGACCCCCAAAGCGUCCAUAUGUAGUGUCACGAUGGCGACAGUUCUGGUUUGCACCUGUCACCACAUUUUUGGGCAACGUCCUGAUGUACUUCCUCUUCCUCCUGCUAUUUGCGUACGUUUUGUUGGUGGACUUCAAGCCUUCGCCUGCCUCUGGUCUGGCCGUCUCAGAGUAUGUGCUAUACUUCUGGGUAUUCACUUUCGUGUGUGAGGAGAUCCGACAGACGUUCUUUUUGGGGUCGAUAAGUUACCGUCAGAGGAUCAGAGUGUACAUUCAGGAUGUGUGGAACAAGUUUGACCUCACUGCCAUCACGCUGUUCAUCAUAGGAGUAAUCUGCAGGAUGUUCAAGCAGUCAUAUGGAUUUGGCCGGGAUGUCCUGUGUGUGGGCUACAUGGUCUUCACCCUUCGUCUCCUUCACAUCUUUGCCAUUCACAAACAACUGGGGCCAAAAAUCAUCAUUGUUGGCAAGAUGAUGAAGGAUGUCUUUUUCUUCUUUUUCUUCAUGAUGGUGUGGCUCAUAGCAUAUGGAGUAGCCAAUCAGGCUUUGCUUUACUCCUACGACCCAAACUUAGACCGCAUCUUUCGCCGUGUUUUCUACAGACCGUACUUGCACAUCUUUGGACAGAUCCCUGUGGAAGAGAUGGAUGUAAAAAAGUCGUGGGAAAUGGACUGCACACAUAACAUGACGUUGAUCCAGAAUGGUGAGGAGCCGUGCAGGACUGUGUCUAAUAACUGGCUGGUGGUAAUUCUGCUGGUUAUUUAUCUGCUGGUCACCAAUAUCCUGCUCAUCAACCUGCUCAUCGCCAUGUUUAGCUACACCUUCAAUAAAGUGCAGGCUCACAGCGACAUCUACUGGAAGUUCCAGCGCUACAACCUGAUUGUUCAGUACCACUCCCUUCCCUCCCUGGCUCCUCCUUUCAUCAUCCUCUCUCACAUCAACAUCUUUAUCAAGAGGGCUAUCCGCAAGGUGCCCUCUUUCAAGAUACUGCACUUUGUAUUGCAGUUAAGAGGGAAAGCAGCUAACAGGCUAAUGACGUGGGAAAACAUUCAGAAGGAGGACUUCCUGUCGGCCCAGAACAAGCUCCAGAGGAACUGUGACUCAGAGAGGCUCAAACGGAUGUCCGUCAAAGUGGAUGAUGUGCUUAAAAAUGUGACUGAAAGCAGAGGCUUUGACCAUAGGCUGAGGGUUCUGGAGAAUGAGAUGGAAUAUUGUUCACAUGCUCUCAGCUGGAUUGUGGAUACUAUGGCACAAGGCAGCACGUUCAAACCUUCUCGUCCUCCACCUGCAAUUCGUCACCCUCGUCUCCCAGUUCCAUCUGAUUCAGCCUUGGUGAUGCCUUUAUCAGGUCAAAUGGCCUUUUGAAUGGGAGUGCUAUGGGCACUUCUAUGAUGGCAUCAAAAUCAACAUUUUUAAAACGCUAAGAAGGCUCGACAACACAUGAAACUUUGUAGUAUCACCAGGGUCUCUACACAUGAACUUGAUGAUUGAGAACAUUGUUUGUGUACACAGUUUACUAAAAAAGGUUUUGAACAACUUACUUUAGCAGUUGUUGUUUCCGGGCGCUACCAUCUCCGAAUGCAACAUAACAGGGAGGAGAGUAAAGAUGGAAAUCUCCUAAAGCUUAGUUCCAUAUAAAUGCACGGAUAAUUCGUAGUUUUGUCGUUAGUGAAAAACCAUAUUGACCUUGUAGUUGAAAAAGGAGCCUCGUAUAAGAAUGACAUUUGCUCCUAUGGAGUCAGUUCAUUCGCAUUCUGAGAUCGUCACUUUUUGACUGGUGAGAUGGUAGCGCCCGGAAACAACAACUGCUAAAGUAAGUCGUUCAAAGCCUUUCUUUUUAGUAAACUUUGUGUACACAAACAAUGUUUUGAGCUGGUCGCUGGAAUUCCUUUUUUAAGGUUCUUAUAUAGGUUUUUACUGCUAUAUUUAAACUUUUGAUACUGUUACAUUCAAUGCACAUUAUUGUUUUAGCAACCUUAAAUGUUUAAUCGUGAAUGUGUAUUGCUAGAUUAUA